AUGGCGAGUCUGCUCGAGCGGACGGAGAUCGGCGCGCUUGUAUCGGAGAAGAGAGAAAUUAUAUCUGUGCCCGACACCGCCACCGUGCUGGACGCUCUCGAGGUAACAGGGACUUGUUUCUGGCGGAUUGCGGCGGGCAUGCGCAUAACGAAGCGGGUUGUAAGCAUUGACUGGUUCAUUCUUGCUUCGCCCUCCCCUGCGUCCCUUCUUCGCGUCCGUAACCCGCGCAUCUCUUUUCAUUACACCGCUUUCCCUGUCUCUAAUCUUUAUCCCUUCAUCCCCCCAUGUCUGUCCCCCCCCCCUCCCCCUCUCUCGUUCCCCCCUUCAACCUCUCUUUCCCUCUUCUCCUCCUCCGCUAUUUCCCCCCUUUCUCCCCACCCUCCUCCUCUCCCUCUCCCUCCCCCCCUCCUCCCUCCUUUCUUUCCCCCUCCCCCCCAGCUGAUGAACGCGAGCGGCAUAGUGGCGCUGCCAGUGGCGGCACCGCCGGGGAAGUGGCUGGGGGCGGGCGGGGCGAACAUAGUGGACGGGGAGAAGCAGUACAUUGGAGUGGUGAGCAUGGCGGACGUGGCAAUGCAUCUGGUGAGGGAAGAUGCACGACCAGCAGCGCUCAAGUCAGGUGUGGCGAGUCUCAUCAGCAAUUUCCCUUGUACUCGUCUGCUUCCCCUCUCUCCCACUUAUCAGGGAGUGGUGAGCAUGGCAGAUGUAGCGAUGCAUCUAGUGAGGGAAGGUGCACGCCCAGCAGCGCUUAAGGCGGGAGUGGUGAGCCUCAUCGGCAACUCGCCUGAAGGCCUCUCGCUCUGGGUCGCCUCCAGCUCCACGCCUCUAGUUGACGCCAUGGAGCCGCUAAGCAAGGGCAUUCACAGGCUGCUCGUGCGUUGCCCCAUCGCCGCCGCUGCUUCCAUCCCCCAACACGCGCCCUCAUCUGCCGCGCCUCCCACUGCCAUGACCUUUGGCCACACCACACCCGGCUCUCCAGAGACGCAGGAAACACCGGCAGGAGGAGCAGCAGAAACUGCAGAAGCAGCAACAGCAGGAGGAGAAGCAGGAGCAGCGGAAGCAGCAGAUGCUGCUAGGCCGGCAACAGGAGCAGAAACAGCAGCAGAAGCUCCCAAGCACACCUACCACUUCGUCUCGCAGACUGACGUGGCAGCCUUCCUGCUGCUCCACGUGGACGCCCUGGGUGACGUGGCACAGUGCACAGUGGAGCAGCUAGGCCUCGCGGACCCGCUCUUCCCGCCCCUCGCUAUAGUGUCGGGCAUUACAGUCACUGACGCGCUCAGGCUCAUGCAGCGCGCGGGAGGUGUGCGAGCGGUGGCGGUGGUGGCGGGGAGUGCGGAGGAGGAGGAGCGCAUGGAGGAGGGCGAGGGCUCCGGUGCUGCUUCUGCUGCUGGCACUGACGUGGCAGGAGGAGGAAGGAGAGGAGUAGUGGUGACGGAUCUGAGAGGCAUGGACGCCGAGACGCUAGCACAGCUCACUUCCAUGAAGCACCAAUCUUACGUGCUCCACAUCUCCUCUGCUGUUCCCUUUGCUUCUCACUACCAUCUCCCAACCCUUCAGGUGCGGGACUUCCUCGCCCACAUGGCGUCACUCUCCCCCGAGGGUCGCCGCCCGUCCAUCACGUGUCGCAUGUCGGCCCCUCUGGCGGAGGUGAUGGCGCUGGCAGUGACCAACCGCGUGCACCGCGUGUGGGUCACUGGGGAGGACGAUGAGCUGUUGGGUGUGGUUUCGCUCACUGACGUUAUCUCGGCUUGCAGACGGGCGGGAGGGCAGCGGUAG